GCUUGGGGGAGGAGGAGGAGGAGGAGACGGAGGAGGCGGUGGCGGCGUGGGAGGAGGAGGAAGGAGAGGAGGAGAAGAGGGAGGAGGGUGACCGAGCUUCUCCUUUGCACUCUCACACAGAGCCGCCUCCCUGGAGUCACCCGCCGCCUCACGCCGCGCGCUUUCCUGCUCCGCGGACGUGACAUUGUUCUUUAGGACUCCUGGGACCUGUCAGAAAUCGGGGAUCCGGGACUUGAAAGCGACGUGACUUCGGCCCGCGGGCCGCGUGUUGGGGGGACCGCGGCACUUUGGGGGCGCGUGCGAAGGGAUUAGCUCAUCUCCCCGCGAGGUGCGAGCGCGCGCCUCCCCGCGCACGCCGGCCCCGCCGCAGCCCCGCAGGAUGACGGGGUGCUGGCGGCCCGCGGCCGUGGCGCGGCCGCUGUGGCGGCGUCUGUUCGCGGGGCGCUGAGGGGUGAGCACCCCGACGCCGACCACGCGCCUCUUUCCCCCGGCUGUGCGUCCGGGGCCUCCUGGCUUUUUGUCUGUGCGUUUUCUUUCUUUCUUUCUUUUUUUUUUCUUUUUCUCCAGCCGAGAAGACGCGGCUGUGAUAACGAAGAUCUUGUGUGGACAGUAAUGACCGCACGUUUCCGAUUGCCUUCUGGCAGAACCUACAAUGUCCGAGCAUCAGAGUUGGCCCGAGACAGACAGCAUACAGAGGUGGUUUGCAACAUUCUUCUUCUGGAUAACACUGUGCAGGCUUUCAGAGUUAACAAACAUGAUCAGGGGCAAGUUCUGUUGGAUAUAGUCUUCAAGCAUCUUGAUUUGACUGAGCGAGACUAUUUUGGUUUACAGUUGGCUGAUGAUUCCACAGAUAACCCAAGGUGGCUGGAUCCAAACAAACCAAUAAGGAAGCAGCUAAAAAGAGGAUCUCCUUACAGUUUGAACUUCAGAGUCAAAUUCUUUGUAAGUGAUCCCAACAAGUUACAAGAAGAAUACACAAGGUAUCAGUAUUUUUUGCAAAUUAAGCAAGACAUUCUUACUGGAAGAUUGUCCUGUCCUUAUAAUACUGCUGCCCUUUUAGCUUCAUUUGCUGUUCAGUCUGAACUUGGAGACUACAAUCAGUCAGAAAAUUUGCCAGGCUACCUCUCAGAUUAUUCUUUCAUUCCCAAUCAACCUCAAGAUUUUGAAAAAGAAAUUGCAAAGUUACAUCAGCAGCAUAUUGGCUUAUCUCCUGCAGAAGCAGAAUUUAAUUACCUAAACACAGCACGUACCUUAGAACUCUAUGGAGUUGAAUUCCACUAUGCAAGGGAUCAAAGUAACAAUGAAAUCAUGAUUGGAGUGAUGUCAGGAGGAAUUCUGAUUUACAAGAACAGGAUGCGGAUGAAUACUUUUCCAUGGUUGAAGAUUGUAAAAAUUUCUUUUAAAUGCAAACAAUUUUUUAUUCAACUUAGAAAAGAGUUGCAUGAAUCUAGAGAAACAUUGCUGGGAUUUAAUAUGGUGAAUUACAGAGCAUGUAAAAAUUUGUGGAAAGCAUGUGUAGAACAUCAUACAUUCUUCCGCCUGGAUAGACCACUUCCACCUCAAAAGAAUUUUUUUGCACAUUAUUUUACCCUGGGUUCCAAAUUCCGGUACUGUGGGAGAACUGAAGUCCAGUCAGUUCAAUAUGGCAAAGAAAAGGCAAAUAAAGACAGGGUAUUUGCAAGAUCUCCAAGUAAGCCGUUGGCUCGAAAAUUAAUGGAUUGGGAAGUAGUCAGCAGAAAUUCGUUGUCUGAUGACAGGUUAGAAACACAAAGCCUCCCAUCCCGGUCUCCACCUGGAACUCCCAAUCAUCGGAGUUCUGCAUUCACACAAGAGGGGACCCGGGUCCGGCCAUCUUCUGUUGGUCAUUUGGUAGACCAUGUGGUUCACACAUCCCCCAGUGAUGGUUUUGUAAAUCAGAGAUCUCCAUCAUCAACGCAAGCUAAUAGCAUAGUUCUGGAAUCAUCACCAUCACAAGAAACUCCUGAAGAUGGGCAGCCUCCAGCUUUACCACCCAAACAAUCUAAGAAAAACAGUUGGAACCAAAUUCAUUUUUCUCACUCUCAGCAAGAUCUACUCAACCAUACUAAUGAAACCUUUGAUGUGCCCUGUUCUCCUGAAAAGUCCACUCCUAAUGGUGGCAUUCCACAUGAUAAUCUUGUUCUAAUCAAAAUGAAACCUGAUGAAAAUGGAAGGUUUGGAUUCAAUGUAAAGGGAGGAUUUGAUCAGAAGAUGCCUGUAAUUGUGUCCCGAGUAGCACCAGGAACACCUGCUGACCUCUGUGUCCCUCGAUUGAAUGAAGGGGACCAAGUGGUACUGAUUAAUGGUCGGGACAUUGCAGAACAUACCCAUGAUCAAGUAGUCUUGUUUAUUAAAGCCAGCUGUGAGAGACAUUCUGGGGAACUCGUGCUUCUAGUUCGACCUAAUGCUGUAUAUGAUGUAGUGGAAGAAAAAUUAGAAAGUGAGCCAGACUUCCAGUAUAUUCCUGAGAAAGCCCCACUAGAUAGUGUCCAUCAAGAUGACCAUUCCCUGCGGGAGUCAAUGAUACAGCUAGCCGAGGGGCUUAUUACUGGAACAGUACUGGCACAGUUUGAUCAAUUGUAUCGGAAAAAACCCGGAAUGACAAUGUCUUGCGCCAAAUUACCUCAGAACAUUUCCAAAAAUAGAUACAGAGAUAUUUCGCCUUAUGAUGCUACACGGGUCCUUUUAAAAGGUAAUGAAGACUACAUCAAUGCAAACUAUAUAAAUAUGGAAAUUCCUUCUUCAAGUAUUAUAAAUCAGUACAUUGCUUGUCAAGGGCCAUUACCACACACUUGCAAAGAUUUUUGGCAAAUGACUUGGGAACAAGGCUCCUCCAUGGUUGUAAUGUUGACCACACAAGUUGAACGUGGCAGAGUUAAAUGUCACCAGUAUUGGCCAGAACCCCCAGGAAGUUCAUCCUAUGGAUGCUAUCAAGUCACCUGCCACUCUGAAGAAGGAAACUCUGCCUAUAUCUUCAGGAAGAUGACACUAUUCAACCAAGAGAAAAAUGAGAGUCGUCAACUCACUCAAAUUCAGUACACAGCCUGGCCUGACCAUGGAGUACCUGAUGAUUCAAGUGACUUUCUGGAUUUUGUUUGUCAUGUACGAAACAAGAGGGCUGGAAAAGAAGAGCCAAUUGUUGUUCAUUGCAGUGCUGGAAUUGGAAGGACUGGGGUUCUUAUUACUAUGGAAACUGCCAUGUGUCUCAUUGAAUGUAAUCAGCCAAUUUAUCCUCUAGAUAUUGUAAGAACAAUGAGAGAUCAAAGAGCCAUGAUGAUCCAGACACCUAGUCAAUACAGAUUUGUCUGUGAAGCUAUUUUGAAAGUGUAUGAAGAAGGCUUUGUUAAACCCUUAACAACAUCAUCAAAUAAAUAAGAAAACGAAAAGGUUGGGAUAAGUAUUGGGAAACUGAUUUUUGUUACAUUCACUGUGCCAUAAUACUGAUUGCAGGAAAUGGCAUCUCUCACAAAAAAAUGAAGAACUCAAACAAACUUUGAAAACUUCAGCACUAUUGCACUUUAUGUUUAAAAAAGUCACUCAAAACCUAUAACUUCACAUCUUUGACUAUUUUGUGCUUUGCUCUGAACAAAUAGUGGAAACUGAAUAUGUUCAGGGUAAUUUGUGGAAUUUUGAGGCGGUGCCAUGCAGUCCCCUCUGGUAGAAUUGCCCCAGCAAGGCUCAGAACUCAUCUCUGUUACACACCUGUACCUUGUAAGCAAAAAGAAGUAAACAUCAGGAGUCUGCUCUGGUCUUUCCAGUGGUUCAUGUACUUACUCUACUGAUUGCCAGAUUUUAUUUUUCAAACGUUAGCAAUACCAUUCUCAACAUUAGCCAGUACACUGCCUGUGGAUGCAGCACAUCUUCCCUGACAUCCCAGUAGGGACCUGCUGUUGAGAAGAAAAGUGGAACUUGGUUCCCAGGAAAUGCUGCACAGUGUCCAUUUACCAGCAUCUUAUAGAAAUUAUAACUAUGAAUCUAUGGAAUUUCUUGGAUUUAAUGAUGUAACUUAUAUUUAUCAUAAGGUUGGCUUAUUCCAAAUCAUGUGACUUCACACUUUUGAUGUAAAGGAAUGCAUGCAUCGUGUCUUAACCCCUUAAGUGCCUUGAGAUAUCUUUGUUUAAUGAAAAGGCACUCAUUUGACCCAUAGGAGGUAUGUAUACUGUACAUUACUAUAGUUUUAUGAAUUUUUAAUAGGUUCACAGUGUAAAAAAAAACAGCUUAUGUUGAGAGUUAUACAAGAAGUGUAAGGUGAUUGUUUUUACUCAGUGCUUGCUUGUACUUUGCUGUAAAAGCCAGAAUAUCUGUGUUCUGCUGAUAGUGCAUUCUGCUGCUGUGGAAUUGUUCACAAUCUGUACAUUCCUUUACUGAAGAACAGGGCUUAAAGUUCAGCAACUUGUCCUACAAAAAGGGUUUAUUUUUCAAAUUUCAUAUUUGCUUUAUCCCUAACUUAAAAAGUGAUCUUUAACAUGUAUAUUAAAGAUAAAUAUAUUAACACUCUAAGCUACAAUUAGAAAGUUAGUUAGUUGGGUUUGUUCCUGUCUAUACCGAAGUGUUACCCUCCAGUACUCAUUCCAGUUCAUAUCAGGCUGUCUUCACACUGGUCUUUCUUUUUAUUUUUAGUUUUUGUUGGUUUUUGUGUUGUUAUUUGGUUUGGUUUGGUCUUGAUUUUUCAAAACAGCGUUUCUCUGUAUAACAGUCCUAGAACUUGCUGUAUAAAACCAGGUUGACCUUGAACUCACAGAGAUCUGUCUCCCUCUGCCUCCUGAGUGCUGGGAUUAAAGGUGUGCAUCACCACCACCUGGCCACACUGGUCUUUUCAUUGGAAUUCUCCAGACAAAGAGUUAAAUACUAUUGACUUCUUCUAAAUGUGACCCCCCCCAAAAAAAACAGUAAAAUGCAGGUUUUCUUGUCAUUUUUGUAUACAGUUAUAUUACCUAGUUUAUAUUUAUAGAUGCUUAUUAAAUUAUAAGCAUGUUUAGUGAGGUGUUUGAUUGUUCAUCUUGACUGAAGAUCCAGCUCCCAUUACAGAUGUGUAUAUUUUCCUUGUCAGCUUCAUUUGUUUUUAAAUCUAUGGAAAUAGAUCUUUAAAAUUGCCCAAUUUAAUAUGAGAAUUUGCUCACCUAUUUGAAUGUUAUUUUAUAUGGAUAUAGUUAAAGUAGGCACAUUUGCUAGUGGUUUCAGAAUAUUUCUGUAGUCUUGAUAAAACAUAGGUUCCAAUAAAUAUUUUGGACUGCUAUUUAGUUUGGAGGGGUAACAUACUUUUAAGAAUCUUUAAUAAAAUCUAAAUUAUCAUAUCUCAUAUUCAGAAUUCAUAAUAGUAAAAUUCAGAAAGAAGUUAAGCUCCUAAACAGUAAUGGCCAGGGUACCAUUGUCAUUUACAAAUACUAUUUGUCUUAUUUUUUUAAAGAGGCAUAAACAUAAUCUUAUGUCAAACAGAAGUCCACCUAUUUUGAUUUUAUAUGCAAGACAAUAUGAGCUAGUCAGUGAAAGAUAGUUACACUCAAACAUUCCAUUCUCUACCAGAGGCAAAUGUAAUUUAGGCUAGUAGGAUAUCAUUACAAGUUAAAAAGGGAAAUCAAGUUGGAGAUCUAUACACUAUAGAGCUACUUUAUUUCAUUGAUAGAUUUUAGUCUAAAUUUUAAAUGUCUGUCCUUGCCAUAUGGGUAGACUGUGAGAACCAUAGGCAAAAAGAGAAAACUUGUGUAGAAGAUAGAAGGCAAUGGCAUGAUUCACUCGCUCUUUAAUGGAAAGCUUUGUUCAUACCUCUGCAGUUAACGCUGAUGUUGGCAAUGAGCAUUGCUGCCAUUUAAAUCAUUGAUGCUUGUCGUUCAGUGACAAGUGCAGAAUUAAAUUUAUAUUUCUCAUAAGGACUGUCCUCUAUCAUUAUUUUACAUGUAAAAACACCCCUUUUAGAACAUUUGUUAGGAUCUUAAGCUAAAAUAACCCUUCACAAAUUGUUAAUAUGGAUAUGCUAAUUCAGCUUCCUUAGUUAUCUAGCAUAGAACACUGUCCUUUAUACCUAAGCAUUUAAUCAGUUUACCAAUCAAAAUAGAUUUCUAGAAAUAAUGCUAGUUUUCAUACGUAAGUAGUGCUAGACUUCAUACAUACUGAUGUAAUAUUGUGUGACAAAAAAAAAAUCCUGAAUUAAACUACUUUCCCUUUUCACUACCCACCCUUAAGACACACACACAGUGACAAAAUCAAGAAAGAAUGCAUUUAUUCUGACAAGUGGAAAUCAAUAAUGAUGGGUCAGGGGCUUCUGUACAUGCUAAAAAGUAAAUGUAAAACUUUUCCCUCUCUGAGUUCAGGUGAUUUUUCUGUGCUUAUUUAAAGUGUUUUAUUGAAUGUCUGGUUUUCGUCUGCACUGCCUAGAUACCCUGUAAUAAUAAUUUGGAGGAGACUAGCAUUUGCAAAAAGAAUAGGUUGUACUUGUUAAACUAAUCUAUCCAUCCAAAAAUGAGGCAGAAUACAGCCCAAGAAAAACUUUUGUGUAGCCUUCUGGGUUAAGUAGUUGGGAAAGGGCAAUGAUUAGCCAUUUUGACCUAAGAAUAAGGGUAACAUUGUAUCAAAACUGACUAAAAUGCACAAAGUUAUGCUGAGCCAUUAAGACAGUUACUUGAAGGUUUUAGGUACUACUGUACAUGCCUUCAUAGAAAAACACCAGUGCAUUGGUUUGCAUGUGUAUUUCACAAAGACGUGUACACAGACGGAAUGGACUUUUAACCAUGGGGUUGUUUAUAUCGCUUGGCGGGUCUGAUCAAGUCUACUUUGUUAUUUGAGCAAAAAAUCUCUUGUAUCACUAGAAGUGGUACUACAACUUGAAAGCUAUAAGAAGUUGAAAGACUUGUGUCUAGUCUCUACUUCCUUAUGAUAGGAAGAACUAGAGGCUCAGCAAUUUAUUUAACAGAAUCUGGUCAACUUCAAGUUUUCUUUCUUUUUUUUUUUUUUUCGAGACAGGGUUUCACUAUGGCUUUGAAGCCUGUCCUGGAACUAGCUCUGUAGACCAGGCUGGUCUCGAACUCACAGAGAUCCACCUGCCUCUGCCUCCCGAGUGCUGGGAUUAAAGGCGUGCGCCACCAUCGCCCGGCCUAACUUCAAGUUUUCUAAUUCUCAAUCUAGUGUUUCUGUAUUAGACUAGAAGUUCAAUAAAUUGCUUGUAAAUUUUAGCUUUUUCUACCCGGGAAGCACGGUCAGUGUUGUCCCUUUGAAUCUUUGACACCUUAGAAGUUUGAUAUUACGCUUCAAAAGUGAUGCCAAUUAGGGAUUGGGCAGAAUUUGCUAGGUGUGCGUCCCUAAGAGAUGAAUUUAAGCUGUUGUGAACUAGUGAGCUGACCUGCAAGUAGGAAGUCAGUCUUAAAGCAUUUAGCACAUAGAACUGAGAUUUAGAACUUAUAUCUACUUACGAAAUAAUUUAUAUUCAUAAUGUGAACAUGUGAUAAAAUUGAAGUAUGGCUUAUCAGGAAAAGAGAAGGAAACAUGAAUUUAUAGCAGUAUGCUAUCUAGUGUCUGUGUUUUGAAUAUUAAAAAUAUUCUGAUGGUAAAGUUGCCAAAGUAGUUUUGAAUUCAUGUAAGUUGUUUAUACUACAACAUUGUGGGAUAUGUUUACAGGCUCUUCAUAGUACUUAUUUUGUAGUUCUGAUGAAUUUGUAUUUAAGUCAUUAAUAGUAAAUAUAUGAUGAUAAAUAUUUGCUGGAAUAAACAUCUCAGUAAUGUAGCAAAUCAUAAGUAAUAGACCCCACAGUCUGCUUUCAUACAAGGUGCUGCAUCCACAAAGCGAGUACUUUGUGUUCACAUUGCUCACCUCCCACAUCUGCAUCAACCCUCCACUGCCAUUCCUGGAGCCAUCUGUGGUGCUUCCUCCAAGUAAAACAGCUGUGUCAUUACAAUUCAGUGGAUUGAAUUUAUUAAAUAUUAGAAUUACUCAUAAGUUGACAGAUAUUCACUUGUGUCUCAGUGUGAUCACAAACUAGUGACUUUUAUGAAAUUCUUAGAGAAUUAUUAUACACAUAAAAGAAAUUUGCAUAAUAAAUCUUUUUGAGGGCUAAUUGCUUAUAGAUAAUUUCAUCAACUUUAAGAGUAUAAGAAAUCAGUUCCAAAAUUGUUUUGGGUUCUGCUUUUUACCAUAAUUCUUAUUUUUCAUGGAUUUCAUUUUCUCUUAGUAGCAGUAAUUAUAAUAAACUUCUCUAUGUUAACAGAAACAAUAAACCAUGUGUUCCAGCCCAUACUGCUUUAUUUUCAUACCCUAAGUAAAUUUGUUUUGAGUAGAUACCAUAAAGUUACUUUCUAUUUUCAUAUAUAAAUGUGUUGCUGCUUACUUUCUGUUUUUGUGCUUCAAUAUACUGUUGAUUUCUAAAGUCAUUGUUUGGUUUUUAGUCCUUCAAAGCUAAGUGUGCAGUCAUUACUCAUAGCUGCUUGACAGCAAUUUAUCUAUAUGAACUAGGUAUGGUUCAGUACAUAAUCAAGUAAGCCAGUAGUACUUUUUCUUUGCAGAAGGUUAUUAGCAAUAUUGCAAGGUGAAAACUACACUGUUAAGGAAGAGUUCAAAAGUUUAGCUUCCUGGAGCCUUGCAAAAUUUCCAGUAUAAGGAUGAAAAAGAAAACCUUGUUAAGGUCAUAAAAGUUUCAAGUAAACAUUGUAGAGUUUUCCUAUUAUUAUGUAAAUGAUAUACAGAAAAUAUUUUUCUAUGAACAGAAGGUUAAAACUGUUAACUCUAAUUUCAUUGUUUAAAAGGGAUAAAACGAUGUUUGUAUGUCUUUCAUGCUGUAAAGAAAAUGAAUGUAUCUUUCAAACAUUAGCGUUAUUACUUGGUUCUAAGUAUAUGUGUUUGUUUAAAAAGAGUGAGUGAGAAAUCUGCAAAGGAGUAAGAAUCGUGUCAUAAGUCAUUAUGUAAAACGCAGUGUUGGAAGAAAUGGAAUUUCGUUGCGAAUGGUCACUGUCAAAGCAUAUUUCACACGUAGUGUACGUUCAUUCCACAUUAAUUUGUUUUUGGCUCUGCAAGUUUUCCUUAAAAAUUGUAUACACUAUUUUGAGUGUAAAGUAUUUUAGUUCUCCACUGGUGGGGUGUGGAAGAAUGUGUGUUAGGCUCAGUGUGCUGCUGCAUGUGUCUACCAUGGAGGAAAGUUCCCAAGUUUGUCAAUGUCGCAGCCACCAGUGGGGGCAUCAUAUUAAGAAUGUGAAGCUAGAAACCCAUGCCUAAGAGCACUUCAGAAAUUAUGUGCAGAGGCCUCUGACCCUGAUGAUGAGUUUCCCUUUUUCUCUUCAUUUACAUGGAUAGUAAGACCACGGGGCCCAACCCUUGUGACUUCUAACCGUGGUGGCUUAUACAGCUUACAAGUUUAUUCAGCUAAGUGAAAACUCUUCACUUUAAACCAGUGCCUGUAGGCAUAAUUAAUUCGUUAAAUAGCUCUUUUAAAAUCUAGUAAUUAUCAAUUAUUAAACUUUAUGAAAUUGGGAAUUCCUUGUUUUAAUGUUUUCUAAACCUCCAUAAUGAUUUUAACUCAUCAUGAUGUACCCUGAACAAUCUAAAAGUAAUCCAAGGUUAGUGUCAGAUUUCCUCAACCCCAGAGUUAUAAAAUUUGGCACUAUUAAUUCUGGUAACUUAUAAGUUACAUUGUUAAGUAAAGUUGCUAUCAGGGAUCAUCAAGGAAAUAGCUUUCUUCAAAUAGUUGCUGCUUUGUGGUGUCCCUAGAUUAUAUGUCAUAGCAUCCACGAUUGUCAUAACUGGGCCUGUUUUACCUUUUUUAAGUAUUUGUUUUCUGUUCUUAAAUUAUAGUAUUCCGUUUUUUUGCCUUCCUGGGCAAGGAUGUUUCAACCCAGCUCUGUGAUUUCCUAGAUUCAUCUUUCCCAAUCUUUCAGUGAGUUAGCAAGACUCCUCAUUCCUGAAUCCUGUAGAGUAGGUAAUAUGUAAGUGCUAAAAUUGAUUUCAAAUAGCACUUUAUUUUAUGCUUACUACUGACUUAAUUUAUACAGUAAAAAUAUCUAUCCUAGGAGUUUUGUAAAUACAGAAAAAAUUGGUUAGUAUUAGAGUUUAUUAGAUUGACCCCAAGUUUAAAUGCUUUAUAAUGAUCUCUUUAUAGCUUCUUUGAUAUUUAAGAGGUAACAUAUGUGACUUUAGCUCUGUGAUUUUUUUUUUCCUGCAAUUUGUAUAAUACAAUAGAUGCUGCCUAGCUGACUGUGUUGCUGGACUCAGUUCUCUCAGCUAGCUUCAGCCAAGCUUGGUUUACUAAAAUGGUUUCUGCUCUGCAUUUUGUGAACAUCACAUGACUACUUGGAAAUUCUUUGUUCUCAAUGUAGUACCUAGAUGUUAAGUAGACACUGCACUACAAGUAUGUAGUUUACAUAGAAGACAAAGGGCAGAAUGUGUGAUACUGUACAGUUUAUAUUAAGCUGUUUUCAUAUUCUGUCAAAACAGUAUAUCUGCUGUAAAAAAAUAAAAGUUGUCUACCCCAGUGUUCUUCAGCAUCAGAACAUACCACUUAUGAACUAUGCUGUAAUCUUUUCAGAUAAGAAAGCUAGUCCUUGUUUUCUACAGUGUAGGUUUAACUUUAGGACUGAUAGUUCAUACUUAUCAGUACUAUUUCUAAACUGUAGUUUUAAAAUUAUUUCUAUGUAGAGGGAAUUUUGAUUUGGGAACUUUCUUUUCUUGUUAUAGGUGCUAUAUGUAAAUAUGGAGUGAGAAGUUUGCUUGGUUAAAAGUCUACUUUAUUUCCUUAUUAAAAUAUUUUUAUUUGUUUCCAUUUGUUUUGUGCUGAAUGAAUAGCAGAAUGGAAUUAGUCCCUUAAUGUUGUCAAGUACCUUUUCUCCCAGUUGUACAAGAAUAUCUCCGUAUGGUGUGGUCUCAUUAUCAAGAAGCAAAGAAGCUAAGAAUCAAAACUUAAAUGAAUUUGAUCAACACUGGGUUAUUUGAAAUGAUCACUGUGCAUUUGUUACUGCGGUUUACCAUGUGUUUGAAAGGCCUUGUGUGUUUGUCUUAAUUUCAGUGAAAAUUAGAAUCCUUUAUGUUUUUAAACAAUCUACACAAGCCAACAGUGAACAGGAUAAAAAUGCUGUUUUGCAUUGAAACUGUUUUAGUCCUAACAUCAAUUUAUGUUAUGUGAAAUGCUAUUACACAUAUUUUGUUGGGCAUAUUUCAUUUUGAUUGAGUAGUUGUUCAGAUACAAAUGUGAAAAGGGGAAAACACCUCUAGCUGUUAAUGUUCAAUUGAAAAAUAAAGGUGUGCUUUAGUA